UUCAGUUUUUGACAGGAGGAAAAAAAAAUCAAAUCAGAAAAAAUUCUUGUAUACUUGAUACCUUUCGCUUGAAAAAAAACUUUAAUAAAUUAAUUAAAUUUAAUGAAACCUCUUGAUCCGUGUGACCCUCGAAUGAUAGCGGCAACUGCUACAGCUGCAGCUGCUGCGGCCGCAGCAACCUCUGCUGCUAUAGCUGCUUGUGGGGGUGCUGGUGGCAAUAGUAACAGCGGCAAUGGUGUUGUCCCUGAAGGAGAAAAUCUAUCUCAAUGGUCAGCAUCCGGAGAUUACAGAUACAAACAGGAUCUACUAAAUGGUGAUCUGCAAAUGUCCAACAUGGCCAUGGAAAGUGGAUCCAUUUACCCGCAAUACGAAUGGACUGAUAUUACCAAGGAUUUUUUCGAUGCAUGUUCGGAAUUGGCACUUGGUGAAUUGGCCCAAGAUGAUGUCUUUGGCUUAUUCGAAGCAAUGUCCGCUAUCGAAAUGAUGGAUCCAAAAAUGGACGUUGGCAUGGGUUAUAAUAAGAAUGAUGCUCCUCCGCAUACAUUUGAAACGGCUGUUGCAGCUGGAAUUCUAAAACUAGAAGAUCUUGAAAAUGCCGAAUUGAUUGGCAUUUUCGAUGCACUCUUCUCUUGCAUUGUCUCUUGGUUAGAAGGCAAUUCAAUGGAUCAAGUAUUAUUUACUUGUUUGUAUUUGCAUUCGCCUCAUAGCAUAAAAGACAAAUCCCUUCGUUCUUUUUGCUAUGCCAUUCACAAUUUAAUUGCAAUUGUAAAGAAAAUUAUUAUAACAAGCAGUGGCAAUGAAGAGGAAGACUUCCAACUCUAUGGGAAUUCUAGCUUUAUUUUUAUUGAAGAAAUUCCAGAUGCAAAUGUUGCACCGGCUUUAAAAGAAGCCGAAGAUGAAAUGAUUCGUCGAAGUAAAUCAGAGAUUUAUCCGGAGGAUACCCUAGCUGUAGUUCAUCGUCUACGCUUUAUGCGUUUCCUGUUUCAAUCGAUUCUCCAAUUGCAACCGGAUAUGGGACGUCCAUCAGCUGGCGAAGCAGAACUAGCUGAGAUUCAUAAGAAUCUAAAUGCCGCUUUAGAGCUGGUUCCAUUGAUCAAGAGGACCAUUGAGAAAGGUACUCAACCAGAGCAGGACUCUGAAGCACCCAAUCCAAUGGGAUUCUCUCCUCGAGUGCAUGUUCGCAAUCAACCGCCCACAUUUCCACGCAGUGCGAAAAUACGAGAUCGUUCGUCAAGUUUGCAAUUUCUCGAAGAAUUAGUCCAAAGACUGAAGUUUGCAUGCAAAAUUAUAAGACAACGGGAUUACUAUUCAGCCUUGAAUUUCUUUAUCGAAUUCAGUCGAAAAUCCGGCCAGUGUAUACUCUCCCGAAGCGUUCUUCAAGUUCUCUUCAUCUACAAUCGUCAUCUGGUUUUUGGUGUGAUCCCAAUAAAAGAGUUCCUUCGUGACUCAAUUCGAGCCUUUAAUGCUCCUCCAGUUCUGAAUCCUCGUUGUCCUUUGGCCAACGAUCGGAAAAUCCAACUUUACGUUGAGUGUUUCCUUACUUAUUGCAUCAACAUGACCACCUUUACACACUUUAUAGAAAUUUGUGGUUAUAAUCGAGCACGUCAAAGGGAUAAAUUGGCUCGUUUGAUUGAGGGAUUUGCUAAUAUCCAAGUCGAAGCCGCCCGAAUUGACUCCCAUUUGAAUAUGGUAGCCGAACAGACUGACAAUGUGGGCAAGCACUCGUCGCACUUUGCUACAUGGGUACUUUACAAUUGCUUCCGAGCAAUGAUGCUCUUCUUAAUGUCCGGUUUCGAAUUGGAAUUGUACAGUGUGCAUGAAUUUCUGUACAUCUAUUGGUAUCCCUAUGAACUGUUGAUUGGAUUUAUUGUAUCGGCACUUACACGAGCCGAGUCAGCUUUGUUGGAUCAAGAAGCUCUCAUGGAACAAAUGAACAAGACAGGGAAUUCAAAACAACGCAAACCGAAGCCCAAGAAGAAGAAACAAUUGAAACCAUAUCGUCAGGAGAUUGUCUAUUAUCAUGCAAUGUUGAAUAUGUGCGGUGGUUUUCAUAUGGCAAUGGGAGCGUUUACAAAAGACGAACGCAUUCGACAACCAAUGCCAAAAUUCGACAAUGAAGAGAUACGUUUCAAUCGAAGAUUUGCUCCUUUUGCUGCACUAACUAGUCCGCCGCAAGUAACUUAUCAGGAGUUUAAGAAAAUACGAGCACAACUUAUGCAAAUGCCAUCGUCGGAGAUUUAUAUGUGUGCGGCCCGGUACUUUGAACAGGCUCGCAAUGUAUUAGAAUCGAUACAGAAUCCAGAGCAAGAAAUCCUUGACAUGAUUCAUGUGGCCAAAGUUAACUUCGUUGUAAUGAAUGUGCUUGCCAAGGGUCAUCAAAAGCAUUCUAAAGCUCAGCCCGACUUUGAUUUUAGCAAACAUCGGUACUUUCCAAUUAUAAAACUUAACUAAGAACAUAAACUUAGCAAAAACAAAAAAUAUUUAUUACCUACAUCAUCUUCU